AUGGGAAAGAACAAAGGAGGAGGAGGCAACAAACGCGGUGUAAAACAACAGAGGAAUGGCAAGAACUCGCAUAAGCAGCGCUCCAGAUAUGCAGGAGAAGAAUCGACAGACGAUGAUGUUAGGCGACGAAAUGAACAACAACAACAACAACAACAAUCACGAGAACUCAAAACAGAUCAAGAUGGGUUUUGCCAGCCAGUUAGCGAUGCAGAAGCUGCCAAAAAAUCGCUACAGGGACUUCGAUUGAGAAUGUGGGAUUUUGCCCAAUGCGAUCCGAAACGUUGCAGUGGAGCUCGGUUGGCCCGCCGUGGAAUCUUUGAAAAGAUGCCCCUCAAGAGUCCUUUUCGAGGCAUUGUCUUGGAUCCCGAAGCCAAGAUUCCUGUGAGUCCAGCUGAUUUGGAGAUUUUGGAAAAUGCUGGUAUGAGUUUGAUCGACUGUUCAUGGGCGCGUCUGCAAGAAAUUCCAUUCAAGCAAAUGCGAUCGGGGCACCAUCGAUUGUUGCCAUUCAUGGUGGCGGCCAAUACUGUCAAUUACGGUCGACCCUUCAAACUGAAUUGUGCCGAAGCUUGUGCGGCUACUCUUUCCAUCUGUGGAAAAACAGAAGCCGCUAAGGCGGUGAUGAACGAGUUUUCGUAUGGGGAAGAGUUCCUGUCUCUGAAUGCACAAGUCUUUGAAAUGUACGCUGCAUGCACAGAUGCCGAAGACAUUGUCCGAAAGCAGAAUGCAUGGUUAGAAGAGCAAAAUCGACAGGCGGCUGUAGCGCAUGAUGCUGUAGUCGAUCUGCCACCGAGCGACGAUGAAUACGACUAUGAAUCUGAUGAAGAAAUGCUACUGGAUAGUUUCGGGAACUUUGUCAUCAAGGACAAGGACGAAGCAAAGGAUGGUACAGCAUAG